CGACGAUUAAACCCUUCUUCUUUCUCUCUCUCUCUAGAAUUGGGGCUUUUUUCUCUCUCUAACAUGACGAUCGAAGAAGGAGAGGCUCAAAUUGACCAGCUUCCGAUGGACCUACUUGCUCAUAUAUUCGUUUUCAUCACCUGCUUCAAGGAUUUGGCGCAAACGAGCAGUGUGUGUAGAAAAUGGAGGGAAGGCGUGAAGCAAUCGAUGGGAAGAAGAGAGAAAUUGAGCUUUGCAGGUUGGAAAAUGGAUGAUAAAUCAACUUCUCGCCUUGUUUGUUAUGCUUAUGGUCUCAAGGAGCUUGACAUUUCAAAAAGCCGAUGGGGUUGCCAAAUAACAGAUAACGGAUUAUUCCAGUUAUCUACAGCAAAAUGCAUCGCCAAUCUUACCUGCAUAUCACUAUGGGGAAUGACAGGGAUCACAGACAAAGGUGUUGCUCAACUGAUUUCAAGGGCCAAUUCAUUGCAACACCUAAACAUUGGGGGCACUUUCAUAACAGAUGAAUCUUUAUUUGCAAUUUCCACCAGCUGCCCGAAUUUGAAGAGUGUUGUAUUAUGGGGAUGUCGUCAUGUUACUGAAAAUGGGCUUCAAGUUCUUGUAAAUAAAUGUCGGAAAUUGGAGUCAAUAAAUGUAUGGGGUAUGAGAAUCCCUCUUGAUUCCUUUAUUACCCUUUUGGAAAUACGUCCAGCUCUUCAAAUCACCCCUCAAUCACUGCUUAAUAUCGAAAAUGCCCCUCUGUUACCUGUUUUUUGAGGGCUUAUUAUUGGUAAAAAAAAAUGUGUACAGAUUGUUGUGAUUGUAUGUAAUUUAUUUAUUGACAUAAUAAAAUGGAAACUUUGUGUGUUUUCUCCA